CAAGGCCAGCACUGUCACCUAAACCGGACACAGGUUAUCCCUGCUCUUGUGUAACCUGUUGCAUAAAGCUGGUGUGGGCAGGAGUGCUGCCAGCAGUGGGGGCUAUAAAGUGGGUGCAGCCUCUCCUGCCCACAUCCACUCCAGGGUGAGGAUGACAGCAGCACUGCCCAGCCUGGCUCUAGCCCUGCUCUGCCUGCUGCAGGCAGGAGCCCAGGUCCCCGUGCAGCCAGACUUCGACACCAAGAAGUUUGCAGGGGAGUGGCAUGUCACAGCCAUUGCUUCCAACUGCUCCAUCUUCCUGAAGAUGAAGGAUGGGAUGAAGUCAUCCAUGACCAUCAUCCACUUCACACCAGAAGGGGACCUGGCCAUGAAGUUGUUCUGGCCCCUGAUGGACAAAUGCCAAAAGUUUGAGCUGCUCUUCCAGCAGAGCGGGCAGGCGGGGCACUACAUGGGAGCACAAGAGAAGAGGAAUCUGCGUGUGAUGGAGACAGACUACAGCCACUACGCUGUCCUGCACGAGGUCCAGCAAAACGAGGCAGAGCCCAGCACGGCGCUACAGCUCCUCACAAGGGAGCAGGACGUGAGCCCCCAGCUCCUGCAGAAGUUCAUGGAGCUCAUCCCCACCAUGGGCCUGACCGAGGACAUGCUGGCCAUCCUGCCCAAAUCAGAUCAAUGCACCGGGGACAUCAGCUGAAGGACCCUGUGUCCUCCAGACCUAGAGGACGAUGGGCUCUGCACCCCACUCCGUGGUGCUCCUUCCCAUCCUCCAGGCUCUGCCAGACCCCCUGCUCCAUACCAGGAUCACCCUCAACCUCCUAAAUAAAUAGAUGCAGAAGCUGCGCUA